UAACGAAACACGUUGAAUUCCCCUCAAAAUCCAGGUUCCAAACCCUAAUUUUCGCGCACGUCUCUUAACCAAAAACCCUUUUAUUCACGAACACAAAACUAACAUCAAGAUCAAGAUCAAGAUCUGGAACCAAAUUAUAAAACUUUUCAAUUUUCUGUUAUAACUGCAUCCUUGAACAAGCAUGAGCUGACUCUUCCGGAUGCAACAAAGGUAGAACAUUGCUACUUUUGGUUGGCUUGAUGGGUGCUCCUAAGCAGAAAUGGACUUCUGAAGAAGAAGCUGCUCUCAAAGCUGGAGUUCUUAAGCAUGGAGCAGGGAAAUGGCGCACAAUUCUUAAAGAUCCAGAAUUUAGCAGUGUGUUGUACCUGCGCUCUAAUGUGGAUCUUAAGGACAAAUGGAGGAACAUGAGUGUAAUGGCGAAUGGAUGGGGAUCUCGGGAGAAGGCCAGGUUAGCUCUAAAAAGAGUGCAACAUGUCCCCAAGGACGACAACCCUCUGGCACUUGCUACUGUAGAUCAGAGUGAUGAAGACUCAGGUGAUGCUAGGCCUCUUCCGUCUUCUAGUGGCUCUCCGCAGAUUGGUGGUUCCAAGAGAUCUAUGAUAAGGUUGGACAAUCUUAUAAUGGAGGCAAUAAACAAUUUGAAGGAGCCUGGUGGCUCUAAUAAGACUACUAUCGGCACAUACAUAGAGGAACAGUAUUGGGCACCCCCAAAUUUUAAGAGACUUCUGUCAAUGAAAUUGAAGUUUCUGACUGCAAACGGCAAACUUGUCAAGACAAAACGCAAAUAUAGAAUCGCCUCUGCCAAUGCAUUAUCUGACAAGAAAAAGAUCCCUACGAUGUUACGUCUGGAGGGAAGGCAGAAGGUGGGUUCUCCCAAAGUUGAUAAGGAUGAAAUCAGUGUUCCUACAAAAGCUCAGAUUGACUUGGAACUGCAAAAGAUGAGGAGCAUGACUCCACAGGAGGCUGCUGCAGCUGCGGCUCAAGCUGUUGCAGAGGCUGAAGCUGCCAUAGCAGAAGCAGAAGAAGCAGCAAGGGAGGCAGAGGCAGCCGAGGCUGAUGCAGAAGCUGCUCAAGCUUUUGCAGAGGCAGCAAUGAAGACUCUGAAAGGGAGAACCACACAGAGGCUGAUGAUUCGUACGUGACAGAAAUGGGCAUAUCAAGAGGAUCUGUUAUAGAUGUUGGACAAACAAAGUUUGCAGAUGUAAAUAUUGUUGGGAAGUGUUGGUUCAACUAGUGCUGGUAAAUGAACAAAUAUGGUUAGUUUUUUGUUGAACAAUUAGGGGAGUUAAUAGAUAGAAUAAUAAAACAAUGGGUGCUGUUGUUGUUGGUGGACAGUGCAUGCUGAACUGCAUAAAUUCAUUUAUUUUGUAUUCACCUCUCAUUGUCAAUUCAUUAGCACACUAAAUGCAGCAGAUUCAUUUGAAAAAGGGUUCUACGAUUUGAACCCAUUAUUGUUUGGAUAUGUAAGAUGGAGAAAAAAUUGAAGAAA